UCACAGGAAUGUCGAAGGGCUGCAAGAGAAACAGCCCAUUGCCAAGUCACCGCCACUUGAAAGCAGUUCUCUGAGGCACACCCUGGGACUCUUCGUCAUGCCGUCCUUCUACGUGCUUGUUGCAGUCAUCAUCAUCGACGAUUAUAGUAGUGUGCAGUUCUCCACGACAAUAGUGGACUACGCCAUCGACAAGGGCAUUGCACUGGAUACCGCGAAGACGCUGACUUCUUUCACGGCACUCGGCGCACUCAUCGGUCGUGUCGCGGUACCCUUCCUUGCUGACAUCUGGCCAAGCAUCCGCAAUCCGAUCUACAUGCUGGGGUUCCUUUUAGUCAGUGCUGUGCUGUUUGCAAUGCCACACGUGCCGGCAUAUGCGGGUGUUGCGGGGCUCACCGUGAUGCAUGGGAUCUGCAAAGGAACUCUAUUAUGCUUCAGAUCCGUGUUCAUGGCUGGGCUGCUUGGCGUCGAUCGGAUGGCCGCUUGUUGCGGCGUCACGGGCGUGACAAUGAUACCCCUUAAUCUAGUCAGCCCUAUGAUUCUAGGAUCCUACCGGGACGGAAGAGGCACGUACGAUGGAUUUUAUCGGAUGCUAGCCGCGGUCAAUUUGGUGGCUGCCCUCGUCUUCGGUGUGUUUGCUGUGUGGAACCGAAGACGUUGAAAUGGAAUACGGGCAAAUGGUGAUUGUGACAAACAUAGUUUAAAUUUAUUGCACACCUAUGUUAACAGAUAUCUCGUUUGUAAUAACGUGGCAACAAAAUCAGUUUUCCCUUUUCUUGUUUCUACUUACGUCACGUGACAAGUGAGUCACCAACGUGUGAUGUACAUGUGCUCAUACAAAUUAAACUUUCGUCAGUUGCUACUUUGCAAGACCUUAGUCUCGUCUAUUGGAAAUGGCGACGUGCCAGACAGCAGACCAGAGAAGGUGUUCACUUGGGUGCCUGGCCCAAUGGGAGUCAUCGGCAUCGUGGACUACCGCCAA